AUGGAAAUCCCAAAAACCCUUUUGCUAGUGAUUUCUCUGGUGGCUGCAACUAGUUUCUUGCAAGCCAAGGCAGUUUCAGUUUCCUGUAGCAACCCUUACACUCGAUGUUACCGCAGCUACAUUGAAUGUCCGGAGGAAUGUCCAAGCACAACCGCUAUGAACUCCAACAACAAAGUUUGCUACGCCGAUUGCGAUAGACCUACUUGCAAAUCCCAAUGCCGCAUGCGGAAACCAAAUUGCAACAGACCAGGAUCAGCUUGUUAUGACCCGAGGUUUCAUUGGAGGAGACGGCAUUGUGUUCUACUUCCAUGGAAAGAGGAAGAGUUUAGCCUUGUCUCUGACUCUGACCUUCAAAUCAAUGGUAGGUUCAUUGGUCACAAACCCGCUGGUCGUGCCAGAGACUUCACAUGGAUCCAAGCCCUCGGAUUCCUCUUCAACUCCCACAAAUUCUCUCUUGAAGCCGCUAAAUCCGCGACGUGGGACAACAAAAUCGACCAUCUUAAAUUCAGCUUCGAUGGCCAAGAUUUAUCUGUCCCGGAAGAAAUACUCUCUACUUGGUACUCACCAAACAAAGACAUUAAGAUCGAGAGAGUGACUACGAGAAACAGCGUGAUCGUGACAAUCAAAGACAAAGCUGAAAUCAUGAUCAAUGUGGUUCCAGUGACGAAAGAAGACGACAGGAUCCACAGCUACAAAGUCCCAUCAGAUGACUGUUUUGCUCAUCUCGAGGUCCAGUUCAGAUUCUUCAACCUUUCACCUAAGGUCGAUGGAAUCUUGGGACGAACCUACAAACCAGAUUUCCAGAACCCGGCUAAGCCUGGAGUCGCAAUGCCCGUGCUUGGUGGCAGGGCCGGCCCUGAGGCAAGCCAAGGCCGGCCCUGCUUGGUGGUGAGGACAGCUUCAAGACUUCUUCUCUCCUCACCAGUGACUGUAAAACUUGCAUUUUCUCUGAAUCACUAG